AUGCGGCUUCCAGAGAAAAGGAACGAAGUCUCUUCUACCCAAGCUACAGACUGCUCCCUAGACCAGCAAAGUGCGCAUCACCCGACGACUCUGGGCAAAGGAGCUGCUCUUGCAGCCGGAGUCCCCUGCAAGCGCGCAGCGCCUGCUCCGUGUCCGCGCUGGAUCACUGGGGAAGCUCGAUGCCAGCGCCGCUCUUCGGCUAAGAGGGGACAGGGCGGGUCUCCUGCUCUCCCGGAUCCGGUCUCCGCAGCGGCUGGGCGUCCCACCCCGGCCUCCGCCAGCCCUGGAGUGAGCCGCGGCGACAGAAGGACCAAAGCGGAGGCCCGGGGUUGGCCCGGGCUGGGGAAGGAGGGACGGAGCGGGAGGAGGGUGCAGGGGGCGGGGAAGGGACCCCGGAGGAGAGAGGUGGCAAUGUCUCUCAUCCAAGCGUGCCGCAGUCUGGCUCUCUCAACAUGGCUGCUUUCCUUUUGUUUCGUGCAUCUACUCUGCCUGGACUUCACCGUGGCGGAGAAGGAGGAAUGGUACACCGCCUUCGUGAACAUCACCUAUGCCGAGCCAGACCCCGGGGCCGCGGUGGCGGGAGGCGGUGGUGGCGCCGAACUGCACACGGAGAAGAGCGAGUGCGGGCGAUAUGGCGAGCACUCGCCUAAGCAGGACGCGCGCGGCGAAGUGGUCAUGGCCAGCUCGGUCCACGACCGCCUGGCUUGCGACCCCAACACCAAGUUCGCCGCGCCGGCCCACGGCAAGCACUGGAUAGCUCUCAUCCCCAAGGGCAACUGCACCUACAGGGAUAAGAUCCGGAACGCAUUCCUGCAGAACGCCUCGGCUGUAGUCAUCUUCAAUGUGGGCUCCAACACCAAUGAGACCAUCACCAUGCCACACGCCGGUGUGGAAGACAUCGUGGCUAUAAUGAUUCCUGAGCCCAAAGGGAAGGAGAUAGUGGGCCUGUUGGAGAGAAACAUCACGGUAACCAUGUACAUCACCAUCGGAACCCGGAACCUGCAAAAAUAUGUGAGCCGCACGUCGGUUGUGUUUGUCUCCAUCUCCUUCAUUGUCCUGAUGAUCAUUUCCCUCGCAUGGCUGGUCUUUUAUUAUAUCCAGAGGUUUCGCUAUGCAAAUGCCAGGGACAGGAACCAGCGCCGACUGGGAGACGCAGCAAAGAAAGCCAUCAGCAAGCUCCAGGUCAGGACCAUCAGAAAGGGUGACAAGGAAACAGAGUCUGAUUUUGAUAACUGUGCAGUCUGCAUUGAAGGGUACAAACCCAACGACGUGGUCAGGAUCCUGCCCUGCCGGCAUCUUUUCCACAAGUCCUGUGUUGACCCCUGGCUUCUAGACCAUCGCACCUGUCCCAUGUGCAAGAUGAACAUUCUUAAGGCCCUAGGGAUCCCGCCCAAUGCUGACUGUAUGGAUGACUUGCCCAUCGAUUUUGAGGGCUCUAUAGGUGGCCCACCAACCAAUCAGAUCACAGGAGCCAGCGACACUACUGUAAAUGAAAGCUCAGUCACUCUGGACCCUGCUGUGCGGACAGUGGGGGCCCUUCAGGUAGUCCAGGACCCAGAUCCUGUGCCUCAGGAAGGAGAAGCCAUCUUUACAACUAACAGUGAUCAAGAGCCAGCAGUAAGCAGUGACUCCGACAUUUCGUUGAUUAUGGCGCUGGAAGUGGGGCUGUCUGAUGUAGAACUUUCCACUGACCAAGACUGCGAAGAGGUGAAAUCCUGAGAUGGUGGAAACAGGCAAAAGAAAACACAGGACCCAGGGGGACAGGAAGGAAGCAUGUUCUAAGCCUUGAACUGGAUAGACGCUCUUCAGAUCGCCAUGGCGACCCUAGGGCACUCUGUUAGAGGGUGGUAAAGAAAGCAAUAUCCAAAGUCUCCCGGAUCAGGAUGCGGGUCCCAGUCUCUGCCACAGCCUGAGGCCUUGGUGUGGAAGUUGAAAGCUGGAGUCCUCUGUGUCCACGCAGACGCACGGCAGACCGGAAGGAGACAUUUCACGACUUCUUCACUUCAUGUCAGCUUCUCCUGUCUUUUUGUUCUUGUUUGGGGAGAUGGUUUCAUUCCCUUGGCAAUUUCUUUCCAAAGAUGAUGUGUGCUUUCCAUCUAUUGCUCUAUUUCCCUUUGAUUCACUCCAGCUAUGUACAGAGGUCUGUUUAGAAGUUCUGGUUGCUUCUCCAAUGAGAGGUUUGUUCCACAUCUCUGAGAUUUGUAGACACGAGUUAUCAGUAUGAAGUGUGUAUGACUUUGAGAAUCACCUCAGCACCCUGAAAUGCUGGAAGGCCGGAAUUCAUCAAGGGUUUAACUCCCUCCUCAGAGUGUGUCUUGGCGAGCCCAGCUGCCGGAGACAGCAACACUGAGUCCAUUGCGCAUCGCUCUCAGCUACAUCUCAGAGGUUUCCCCUUGCUCUACCCAUGGCCACCCCUGCAGGAGAGAGCUUUCAGGGAGAAGUGAGCUCAUCUUACUUGAGGGUCUAUUCCCCAAAGUGCACGAAUGCCAGUGUUCGGAGUGAGUGACUAUAAUCCUGGUUUAAAAACCUGAUCCCCCAUCUUCCCAGGGCAAGGAAGAUUCCCAUCUCCCUGAUUUCCCCAAGGCCUCAGCAGUUUCUCACUUGCAUAAGUGAGUUCUAUGGGCACAGGCAGUAAAAAAGAUGCAACAGUUUUCUUAGGUUGCUGGCAUCCAGGUGUAAGCUUCAGAUGCUGCUCUGUUAAACCCUCACGAGCCUACAUGGAAAGAACUAAACUUAGCGGUCUGCACCUCAGGCUCUCCUGAGAGCAUUUGGGUAUCAAGAGAAGAAUGAGGUAUGACUUGAAAAAGUCUGAACCAAAAAAAUUACAUCAUGAGAAACUUCUAAAUCAAGUUUUUCCUAAUUGUGAGAAACAAGAGAAAAAGAGAAAAAAAAUUAGCAAAUAACUAUCAAAACCCAUGAUUAUUAUGGGCUCUUAUGAUUUCAUUCUUAUUUUGUUCGAAACAAUGACAAAAAAAUAUAUACUUUUUUUUUCAAAUGGACAGUUUUGUGAUACAUGCAGCAAGCUCAGAGACAGAGGUGGCCCCCUGUGUCACUGGACAAACAGGAGGCUCUCCUCUCUCUAGCAGCUGGCUAGGUCACACAGAGCAGGGAUUAACCAGGAGAGCUUGCUCUCCCCACUGAGCUGUAUUUAUGUAUUUGAUUUGGGCUUUUCCACCUCAUUACACUAAUAUAAUUCAAACUGGGCUUGGCUGAUCUCUAAAUCCUUGCUGCCCACUGGAAUUUUGAGUUCAGUGUAAUGGAAUUCUCUACUGCUCUUUUUUAUUUUUUAACUACUAUUAAUGGGUUCCUAUUCAAUGGUGUAUGAGUAGACAGAAAGGCAGGAAGAUGAUAACAGCCUUCAGAAAAACCUAUUCUGUGUAGGGUCUAGCCCUUCCCAUAAUUAAUGUCAGUUUCAAAGGGCUAAGAAGAUCCACAGCAAGAAAGUCAUUAAGUGCUGAAACAGGAUGUGUAAGUAAAGUUAACUGUCACCUGUUUAAACUGAUCUGUUCUGGAUCACUCACUUCUCCAGGGAGAUCUGUUUGUGAAAACAGUUGUGUCAUAAAGCAGAUUUUGAUAUGAGGUCUAAUGAAAUUAGGGUAAUUCAGCAACAAAAGAAAUACAAAUUACACUGUGUGCCCAGAAGGAGCUUUGGUGGGUAGUGUUUUCUGGCCAUCGGUCAGGUAAGUCAUUGAUUACAAAAGCAAGCCCUUGGCCUGAGAUCCUGUAGGAUGCUGUGUGGAUGAUGAAGGAUCCAAGAGGUCCAUCCUUAGUGGGUGAAUUUGACUCCAAGGUGAUCCUAUGGCAAACUCUCAGAGCCUACAAGUCUCCGCUUACCACAGAAGGUUUUGAUAUGACCGUGGGGCUGGCUUCCUAUGACCUUGACAGCAAAAGAAAGAUUAACAAGAAAGUUUUUCUUUCAAAAUAAAUUGGAAAAGCUCUUACAUAGACUUCUCUGACUUGAAGACUGAGUGAUCUGCACAUGACUGUAUGGCCUGGGAAUGCAAACUGAGCAUGUAUUUAAAGGAGUGUGUUUUUCUGCAGCAAGUGUCUGCACCAGCUCUGCAAACAGAAACACAAUCCAAGUCACAUACUUAUUUUUUUUAACUUCCCAUUACCUGUAACAUUUUAAAAAGCAAAAAAGAAACAGGUGAAGAUAAUUUAAUAUUUUAUUUAACCAAAUAUUGUUUCCAUGUGUAAUUGAUAAAGUAUUAAGAAAACAUUUUCCUCUUUUUGUUACAUCUUCUAACUCCAUUGUCUUUUACACACACAGCACAUCUCAACUUUUAUUAGCCACAGCUCAAGCUUUCAGUAGCCACACGUGCCUAGUGGUCACCAGCUGGACAGUACAGCCUCAAAGAUGUUCCAGAAUCCUUGUAAGUGUUCUUCUGAUUCUGACAGAAAUAAAAGGAGACUAUUACCUCAGUUUUCCCCAAGCGAGAACCAGACUUUACCCAAGUCACCCAAGGAGAGGGCAAGAGGUAUGCUUGUUCUAUAGUUAAUUGGGGUUCAAAUAGCCUUCCUAAGCACUAGUGUCCACUACCACCAACUGUCACUUCUCUGAUCAGUUGUUUGUUAAAAACAAAACAUCCAACAAUGCUGAUUUGGUGCUGAAAUAAAAUCACACCCUCACUUCUAUGACAAACCCUGAGACUCGUGUGUGACAGUUAGCCAAAGAGAAUGUACCUCAACCCCUAGUUCCUCCUCCUCAUGGCUGCCCAGUUCUAGAGAACUAGAACUCAGAGAUGAGGAAAAGUGUAGGAAACUGCAUGCUGACCCCACACACAAUCUGUGUGACCUUAUCAAGAAAGGAUCUCUGAGGCUUUCAGCCAUUCGGCCUCUGCUUGGCGAAUAGUGAGCAGUUUUCUCUUCAUCAUUGUCCACCAUGCCAAGGCUGUGAGAGGAAAAGAGCCCUUGAACUCCCUCAAAGUCACUUUCAAAAUGGCUUCCUCCUGUGAGGUUAGUCAUUCUGAAGUGUCAAUACCUCAUGAAUAUAGCAUUUGAACAUCAACUAGCCCCUAGGGUUUGGUUGUGCCUUCAAUAUCACACAACCAAGGGAGGGAUACAGUAUGGAGAAAGGUGAUAAAAUAAUGGGCAGCCAGGUAAUAGUGGAGCAUACCUCUAGUCCCAACACUCAGAGGCAGGCCAAUCUCUGUGAGUGGAGCCCAUUCUGAUAUACAAAGUGAGUUCCAGGACAGCCAAGGCUACACAGAGAAACCCUGCCUGGAGGGGAGGAGGGGAGAUCAUAGAGGCACCUAGUUAUUCCAACACUGUUUCUGUCCAAAGAAGUUCGUUUGUUAUUUUUGCUUUGGUAUUUUUCUCAUCUGUGGCUGUUCAUGGGUCUUGGUGUAGUCCUGUUAAGAAUGCCUAUGCCCAGUAGCCAUUUCCUUUACAGCACAGACAUCUUCCCUAGAGCUACCACACUUCCAGAAACAAUAAGGACGACAGAUAGUCUGCCUAGGAUUCUUGUUGCAAGCUUAGUUGGUGCUGAAAUAAAUUAUAGGGCAUAAGGAUUUAAUGGCAUUUAAUUGUCCACUGAAUGAAUAUCCUUGGCUGAACACCAUGGAAAUUACCCCACAUACACUUUCAGACAUUUUAGGAAAUAGUGUCACAUCCUCUAUGAAGAGAGUCCCAGCCUUCUGAGCUACUGAAGCCAUUGAGGUGACUUCCUGUUGCAUUCUUAACUUCUCUCCCAUGGGUUUCUUCUGCGCACUCCUGUGUCACCCUGUGUUUUUAACCGUCUGUUUCUUUGUACACAUGCACACACGUGCACUCACACACACACACACACACACACACACACACACUUUCCCUAUUUUGCAUCUCAUUUCCUUUUUUUCUAUCUUACUUUUAUUUCAUCAGGUUCUCUUCUUACAUAGAAUGUUCUAAUAACAUCCACCUGCUGCUGCUCUUUUUCCUGGCUUCUUGAAGGAAGUCCCCUAAGCAAAUACUAGCUAGUCAGGUUACAGUUCCAGAAUACUGUGGAGAUGUACUAUCUUACAAAGCCAGAAUCUAUGAUCUUGUAGGUCAUGUGACCCCCAGGAGCAGGAUUUGUGUGACCGUAUCUGCUAUCUAUCCAGGCUCUCUAUCACCUAACAUUGGGACUCAGUUCUUGGACAUGGUCUAUCGGCCACUUAAUACUGUCAAAGAGGAACAAAGGCACUACCUGCUACCUGUUACCUGCUACCUGGCUUUCUUGAGCAGUACCUCUGUCCCUGCUAGGAGAGGUCUGAGGAGCAGGGUUGAUGGAUGAUGUCUGCAUUUCCCAGGUGAGGCAACCUUGAAGGACAUCAAAGAGGAGGUAGGAUCCCAGAUGAAGGUAGAGCAGCUAGGUGGAAAGUCUCUCUGAAAAGAUGCCUCCUCUGGGUUCAGAGCUACUUUGAGUCCCAAGGAGUGCAAGUUUUUAAAGAAUUGAGUAUUCGAGCCCAGUGUGGUGGUCCACGCCUGUAAUUCCAGCACUCUGGGAGGCAGGGACAGGAGGCUCUCUGUGAGUUCAAGGCCAGCCUGGUCUACAAAGCUAGUCCAGGACAGCUGGGGCUAUACAGAGAAACCUUGUCUUGGAAAAACAAAACAAAACAAAAAUAACUCAAUAUUCAUGAGUUUAAAAUUUCUUGAUUGCAAAGAAGAUUGGAAUAGCCUGAAAAAUAAGUGAAUUCUGAAGAGCAAGUCUUAGUUUCUCACUGCUUUGUAGCUCUUCUUUCUCCUUCUUUGCUCUCAACAUCAGACCUUCUGCAGUAGGGAUGGUAGUAUUUCAGCUCUGGUAGCCAGGGAACCACUUUGCUCCACUCUGAGCCUUUUGAUGCUGUAAUGUUAUCAUCCCAGAACUGAUGAAGUGAGUGCGGAUCCAUGUGGACUUUUAAUUACCAAGCCCUUUUAUCAUAUCAACUCCUUCUCUUGUAAGAGCCUCACCCAUUCUCUCCCCUUUUGUGUGUCCAUCAUAAUCAAGUGGCUUUUUCAAGAACCUAAGUGGCCAGAUCCUCUAGCACCAAGGCACUAUUGAUAUCCAUACUCACUGCAGAGCUGUUUGCUCUUUGGCCACUUGAUAUGUUUUUAUUGAUGAUAGUAUGGUGGGGAUUUGCUUCUCAUAAGACCUCUAUAGAGGCAGACAAAAUCUACAGAGAAAAGAGAGAAAACUGAGUCACCCAAAGUCAUUGCUGGGAAGAAAGUCUGUGGGUUAGUUAGCGCAUCCUUAGGCAAGUGGUGACCUUGAGAAAGCAUGGAAGAUAUGAGGACCACAUGUGCUAAAUAAACCAAAGACUGAUCGCCGCUCAAAUGGACACAUGUUCUUCCAUGAACUCGCUGAAUUUUCUCCCAGUGUUCUCAAAAAUGAAAGUCAAGAUGGAGUCCUUGAGGGCUGCGGCUUUUCAGGCCGCUGCUUUGUUCUGCUAAACCCACAAAUCUAAAAUAAAUGCACCGUGGCCUUAGUGACACACCAUCUUUAAACUCUAGUGUUUAACCCCUUUUUUGUUCGGAACUUCCAGACAAAACUAGUGUUUAUAUUGAACUCAUAAUAGUUUUCUUUGAGCAUGGGAAGAUUUUUAAAUAGCCAAAGAAUUUUCAUGUAUAAGAGCUGUCUCACUGUAGUAGAUCCUGCUCUUUGAGGAAAAUACCAAAUUGUUGCCUGUAGAGACAGCAUUUAAAGGAUGCUCAGCAAUACAAAUUUCUGUUGGCAUCUUGGUACUUAAGGUUUGAUAGGAUGUUUUUGUGAAGAGGCAGAGCGCCCUCUGCUGGAACGAAGCCUAGGCUCUUUCAGCAAAUUUCUUUGACACAGGUCUCCGUUUCGACAUGUGUUUUACUUAUUUUUCAUCCAUACCAUUCCCUCAAUAGCAGAGGAUUUGGCCAACACUUAUCAAACGAAGAGAGAAUGUUAUGACGUCUAAAGAGCUGUAGGACACCUCCAAGCAGACCUGUUUUAAACCGUUGCUGUCCAGGAAGAUGCCUCCGACGGGGACGUGUGCAGAAAUAUCAGCAGGCAGAAUGUGUGACUUUUGACUUAGACCCACUUCCUAUUGUGAAAUUGAAAAGGAGGAUCAGUAAAAUCACUUUUUCCGUCUGAAUGUAAAUGGUAUGAAAUACUGACCUUUUGUAUGUCUGCGGUAUCAAUCUACUCCGACUUCAGCUUACCAAUAGGAAACAAUUUUACCAUUUUAUAAUUAGGAAGAGAUUUACAAGUGGGAGAGGGAGGGGAGGGAGUGUUAUUUUUAUAGUGGACUGUCCAUCAUGUUUAGAGAACUUGAAAUAAUUUUGUAUUUGUGAGCUUACAUUCUAUCCAUUGUGGGAAGGGGUUCUUUAAACCUCUCACUAGGUGGAAGAAAGAAUUUUCUCAUUUGCAGAAUAUCCUGAGUAAACGCACUUGUGUAACCUGCAGACCAUAACCAGCAGUUGUCAAUUCAAAAACAGGGGGUAGGGAAACAUUUGUUGUUAUUGUUGUUGUUGUUACUCUCUUUGUAACACAUUAUUUGUGAUUUAAAAGAAAAAACUCUACAAAGAAAUGGAUUUGCAAGUCUGAAAUAAUCAGGCACGGUGUCAUAAGCCAGGUCCCAGCACCCCAACUCCCAAGAGCAAAGGGAAAAUCCAAUGCCUUUAAUUUUCCUCCCUAACAUGAUUCGGUGAUUCUGUUGUAAAAAAAAAAAAAAAAAAAAGAUGAUGCCACGGUCAGUAUUUUAUUGAGCUUGCCCACAAUGUCAUUUUGGCAGGUCUGUGGGCCACAUGUACCUCAUAGUCCGAGGAGACAAGAGGGACUUUCCUUUAUUUCCUUGCCAUCUGAUCCACAAAUUACAAGAACCGGCUCUGGGUGGUUUUUGCAUGGGGAACUUUGGACCUGGAGUUUGGUUCUCUUAUGUGCUGAAAGUGGUGAGUUCUACAGCCAUGCUGCGAAGACAUCAUGACCCUGCAGAGAGAGUCCCCUGAAUAUCUGCACGCCUGGUCAGGGCAGCAUGGUUAUUUUCUGUUUGUGGUUUGUUCAUUUGUGUUUCUAUAUAAGUCUCUUUUCUUUCUCCCCACUGCCUGUACUCUACUCCUUUUAAGCACUUUAUAUCUUUUUAAAUUAAAAGGAAAUUGGAAGGAAAAAUAUUUGAUUUUAAAGGAAUCCAUCUUCUGUAAGGAAAUACAGAUUUUAUUUUGCUUUGGUGUGCUUGGAGAGCAUCUACAGUUUAUCUGGUCCUGGGCUGGUGAUGGAAUGUUAAGGAUGAGAGUUGAAAACAUUCAAUUAGAUAUGAUUAUUUUCAUUAUAUUAAAGACCAUAAUGUAAAUAAAUGCAACCGUGUUCUGACAAACAGUCAAGAUAUAUCAAACUCUAAAGAUUUUAAAACAAGGAUUGUGACUUCCAGAAAAUUUUUGUUUUGUUUUGUUGUUUUUUUAAUAAAAUGAAAAACAGA